AUGACCGACGGAGCCCAGACACAAGGACUGGGGAGUGGGGGCAAGGAUGGAGAAGAGGGCAAGGAGGGCGAGGAGAACAAGUACAAGUGGCCACCCUAUAGCUACAACACACUCAUCAGGAUGGAACAUGUGCUGCUCAAGAGCAUCAUGAAGAACUUCCCCUACUACCGCAAGAACAAGCAAGGGUGGCAGCACUACACCCAACACAAUCUGUCAGGCAAGGGCAACUAAUGGAUGCUGGAUCAGUUGAAUAAUGAUGUCUUCAUUGACUGCACGAGGGGCAAGCUGCAGCACUAUUCCACCCAGUCGUUGGCCAAGCUGACCUUCAAACACAGCUCACACUUCACCUCCACCACCUUCACCGUCAUGGACCACACUAGAUCACUCUACUGGCUGUCACCUUUCUUGUCCCUACACCCAGCACUUUUGAGUUACAAUGGCACAUCAACCUACCCCAGCCACCCCAUGCUCUACAGCUCCAUGUUGACUCAGAACUGGCUGGGCAACAACCACUCCUCCACAGCCAACAGCCUGAGGAUGGACCAGCUGGUCACACACUACCUGAUGGCUACCAUGCUGACCGCCUCAGUGUCCUGCUCCGGGACCUACUCCCUCAACCCCUGCUCUUCAACCAGUUACUUUUUCCCCAAUGUUCAUAUGACUUCACAGAGCAGCCCGUUUAUGAGCGCCAGGGCCGUGUCAUCCUCCGCAUCGCUGCAAGCCCCCUCGACACUGCCCGAGUCCUUAAGACACUCUGCCAAGUUUCACAAUGGGAUUGUCCAGAGUACUGAUUAUUUCACACAUCAAAAUCAGGGGUCUUCUUCAAGCCCUUUAAUACAUUAA